ACAUGAAAGUUCUAUUUGUGUGCAUUGGUAAGAUAAAAUCAUAAAAAAAAUAUUUACUGAUUUUGUAGAUACUUUAGGCAACACCUGCCGGUCUCCGAUGGCCGAGGCCAUCCUCAAGCAUUUGGUUCUGAAACAGAACCUUGAGGACUGGCACGUUGAUAGUGCUGGCCUCAGGGACUGGAACGUGGGCGAGGAACCUCAAGCUCGAGGCCAGCAAUUGCUAAAACAACAUGGCAUCAAGAUGAGUCACUUGGGUCGGAUGAUUACAGAGCUCGACUUCUAUGAGUUCGAUUACAUUUUUGGCAUGGACACCAGCAACCUAACCGAACUUCAGGAAAAAGCAAGAAAUCUGGAGCCGACUCCCAAGUGUAAAAUACAAUUGCUGGGCAGCUACAUAGGACGCAGGGAGGAUGAAAUCAUUCAAGACCCAUAUUUUAGCCAAGGAUUGGGAGCAUUCAACACAGUUUACCUUCAGAUUAUGGAGAGCUGCCAAAAUUUUUUGCGAUUCCACAUUAAGGAAGGAAAUUAAUUUAGUUCUUCCGUUCCU